AUGAAAAUAAUCAAGAAGAGAAUUCCAAUUUUUACUGCUAUACCUGAUAACAUAAUCAUGAUUCGUGAACGAAACACAUAUCUUUCUGAUUUUGGAUUAUCUAAACCAACUGAUAAACAAGAGUCAAGUGAUCAAGUAUAUGGAGUAUUGCCAUAUCUCGCUUCAGAAGUUUUGUAUAGAGAACCAUAUACUUUGGCCUCCGAUAUUUAUAGUUUUGGUGUAAUCAUAACCGAAUUAUCAUCAGGAUUACCUCCAUUUCAUAAUAGGAAACAUGAUAUGACUUUAGCCUUAGAUAUUUGUAAUGGACUUCGUCCAGAAUUUGGUAAAGGAACUCCUGAAUUUUUUAAGAAGUUAGCUUACAAGUGUAUGGAUGCUAUUCCAAUUCAAAGACCUAUGAUUAAUGAUUUAAGAGCUAUAUGGGUUUUUUAG